UGUGCGGAUUUUUUCUACGGAGUCGUCUGCUUAUCGGGAAUCUGAACACGAAAAUAAAAGUAAUGCAGACAUGGCCGGUUCGGAUAAUCUCUGUAUCCAGACUUGCGCAUACGAUCAACAUUUUAAGUAGUAAAAAUAACGUGCAACAUGUUAAAAUUACGUUCCUUCAUUCAAUGCAAGUAUGCAGUUCCUGCGUCGCGCAACGUUUCUAUUGGAGUGGUACCUUCGAUCGGAUCACCGACCAGGAACGACUUUGAGGUGAACCCUCGAUUCGUCAAUCGCAACCCGCGAAACCUAGAGCAGAUGCUUCUCGCUCGAAAACCUGUCGGUUGGGAGUGGGAUCGUCCCUCAAGAACCUACUGGUAUCGGCUUGAAAUCCAAUUAGCGAAAAGAAAUGUGUUUGGCAAAGUGGUGCAUAAUAGUGGCAGCUGCGUAACAGAAGCUUCCACUACAGAAUGGGGAAUUAAAAAGCAACUCGUGUCAACGGCUGAUAAAGGUGCGGCUUUUGCAGUCGGCCGCGUUUUAGCCCGCCGUUGUCUUGAAGCGGGAGUAUUAGCUGUCCACGUUGAUAUACCUGAGGAGAAAAAGACAUCAAAGAAGGUUCAGUCGUUACUGGAUGGGUUCUCGAAAGAGGGUGUCGCACUAAAGGAGCCUGGCGAUCUGAAUGAAACGGAAGAUAGGCCUCUUGUUACCAUGUACAGAUAAACAAAUGUCUGAGCUAAAAUAAAGUAAUAAAAACUACA